AUGGGUUUCUCGUGGAGCAAAAAGAAUCCGACACUCCGCCACGGAUCCGACGACCAGGUCGCAUCGUCAUCUGCUUCCGACACCGAGAAACAGACAGGACAAACCGCCGCUGUAGCAACCGCUCAGGAUCUACCCACGGACCCUAUUACUCUUGAAGUUCACAGGCGUCGUGAGAAAGCACUGCUACGUAAACUGGACUUACACCUCGUGCCCGGAGUCGCUAUUCUCUACUUGUUAUCCUUCCUCGAUCGAAGCAAUGUUGCCAAUGCUAAGCUGGAAGGACUGACGAAGGACCUCGGUAUAAGCGACCCGGACUACAGUACAGGUCUCACCAUCUUCUUCAUCGGUUACAUUCUUUUCGAAGUUAUCUGGAAUAUCAUCCUCAAGCGCAUCGGACCGCGAAUCUGGUUGCCAUUGAUCACUUUGGUCUGGGGUAUCGUCGCAACCUUACAGGGUGUCGUCCAGAACAAUGAACGAGUUUCAGGCACCGCGGGUUUCUUUGUUGUUCGAUUUUUCCUAGGAUUGACAGAAGGUGGAUUGUUUCCUGGUGUUGUGUUUUAUCUCAGCAUGUGGUACAAACGUGCAGAACGACAAUACCGCAUUGCUCUAUUCUUUAGUGCUGCCUCUUUGGCGGGCGCGUUUGGUGGGGUCCUCGCGUAUGGUAUAAGCUUCAUGAACGGCAUCGGUGGCUAUCAAGGCUGGCGAUGGAUCUUCAUCAUCGAGGGCCUGCUCACCGUUGUCCUUGCUGUUGCCGCCUGGUGGUACAUUGCCGACUGGCCCGCGAAGGCCACAUUUGUCACUGAAGAUGAACGACGAUUAAUUCAGGCCCGACUGGCUGCAGACAGCGAUGCAAGUCAGAGCGAGGUCUUCGAGUGGGAUGAAGUGUGGAAAGCGCUCAAGGAUUACAAGGUCUGGCUGUAUUGCGCUGCUUUCCACACACUCAGCUUGCCGUUGUACACCAUCUCCUUCUUCUUGCCAUCGAUCAUCAAGGCCUUAGGCUACCAAUCCUAUCAAGCCCAGCUCUUGACGGUACCUCCGUAUGCGCUGGCUACCGCACUCACUGUUGUGUACGCCGUCGUCUCCGAGAGAGUCGGCGUCCGUGCACCUUUCGUCAUCGCCUCCAGUCUCACUGCCGUCAUCGGAUACGCCAUCCUCAUCGGCAACACUGAUCCUAUCGGGCACCCCGGCGUAAGCUAUGUCGGUGUCUUCUUCGCCACUGCAGGCAUUUUCCCAUCCUGCGCGCUCGCACUCAGCUGGCCGGCUAUGAACGUCAGCGGACAGACGAAACGAGCGGUCGCCUCCGGUCUGCAGAUCACAAUCGGAAACACCGGCGCCAUCAUCGGCACGCAGAUCUACCGUAACCCUCCACGAUACUUGGUCGGACACAGCGUGGCGCUGGCGUACAUGGUGUUGAACUGUGUCGUUGCUGCGGUCUUGUGGCACACGCUCCGGCGCGAGAACAAGAAGCGCGACCGUGUUGCUGCUGGCUCAAACGCCGUCGUCGCUGCAGGUGAUUGGCAGGGCGAUGACGACCCGAGAUGGCGAUUCAGGUUGUAG